AAUCGGGGGGGAAGUUUACAGUGCGCUGUCGGACUUUUGGAGAGUUCAGUGUUGUACGCUCUCCGUGCGUCACACGCUCUAAACCUCCGCUGGAAGCGCACGACUCCCGACUAUCAUACAUGCAAACACGGCCAAGGGUCCAGCUUCUCUCUGAACACAACGGGCUUCGCUUUCUCCACAGGCUUGAUUUCGCUUCUACUUGUGGCUGCAUCUUAGGAGUGAAAUGGAUGUCAUCCCUAUGUGUAGCAUCUUCCAGGAGCUCCAGAUUGUGCACGACACCGGAUACUUUUCAGCUUUACCAUCUCUGGAAGAGUACUGGCAGCAGACAUGCCUCGAGCUGGAGAGGUACCUCCAGAGUGAGCCCUAUGUCUCAGCCACGGACCUCAAAUUUGAGAGCCAGGAGGACCUGUGGAGCAAGCUAAUGCUCGCCUGCGGGGACAAGUCGAACGACCCAGACCCAAAGAUCCCCCACAUCAAGGUGGAGGAAGACAAUCAGGACAACCAGCACGUCGACGCCGGCGGCUUCAACUCCGACGCCAGCAGCGAGGCCUCGGACAGCUCCGAGGAGCUCUCUCCUACCCUCGACUUAUCCGGCUCUUUGACUGACAUUCUGGGUGACGGUGGUGAAGACCUGGGUUCUGGUAUCAUCAGCACACCGCCGUCUUCACCUGAGCUGGGCAAGGAGGGCUCUGUUGCCCAGGUGUGGAGUGGGAUACAGACUGUGCUGCACUCGCCUGGGAAAAUAAGGACUGGGGGCAUGGAGAGGACCCUGGAGAGGUCAGGGCUGACCAGCGGGGAGGCGUCGCCUGAUGGGAGGAGGCGGGUGCACAGGUGUCACUUCAACGGAUGCAGGAAGGUGUACACCAAGAGCUCGCACCUCAAAGCACACCAGCGCACGCACACAGGUGAGAAGCCCUACAGGUGUUCAUGGGAGGGCUGCGAGUGGCGCUUUGCACGGAGUGAUGAACUUACCAGACACUUCAGGAAGCACACUGGAGCAAAGCCAUUCAAAUGCAGUCACUGCGACAGGUGUUUCUCCCGUUCUGACCACCUGGCCCUGCACAUGAAGAGGCACAUCUAAGAUGGCCUCCUUGUUGAGAGCUCUGGGGGAUGAUUCUGGUUGAUUGUCCCGACCUGUGGGGGAUCAGCGAGGCCGGUGUGUCCUGGGAGCGCUAACAGGAGCACCGCCGUGUUCCGGGCAGUGGAAAAACAUGAAGCAACGCAGGCUAUUAUUUGCACCAUACUUAGUGCCUCCAACACCUCGCUGUGGAGAUUGCUCUUGAAAGGCUUUUACAGAGGACCGGGAGGGCGGGGAGAGACUUGAAAAAAAUAAAAUAAAAUAAAUAAACGGGAAAAAUCUGGGCUGGAGAAGAUGGGAAGAGACUCUUCUGUAUGGUGUUCGAUGCUUUUUUCCUGGAGGAUUAUGGGACUCCUGUGUGGGUGCCGUUCCUCCAAUGACAGUGUGUUUGCCUGUGCGCAUGGGGACUGUGAGUGCCUGCGACUGGAUGCCUGUGCUGGCUUUAUGGAGCAGAUGGAGCUUGCAUUGUGGAAUGCGAAUGAAUGAAUGACAUGGAGGGGGUGAUGUUAUGUGAGGGAGGUUGUUCGUGGGGUGGGGGGGGAUAUCUGUUGUCUCUCUGAGAGUGAAUGCAAGCAAAAAAGAUUCUGUCUGUGCUGUUUGAGUCUGUUGGCUGUGGAGAGGGGAGUAGGGGGUUGUUUGGUGGAGCUGAUUUGCUAGAGAGCGCCCCCUUUGUGGCCGGAGGUGGAACUACAGCUCCCUAUUCAAAAGUGGGAGGUCGUUUUGUUUAGUGCAGCUAUUAAAUGUGCAAUGUAUUACGUAGCCUGUCUCAAACCAUACACGCUAUAAAGCUCAUUUUGUUGUCCAUUGUGUAAGCUCUGUAUCGUAAAAGAAAAAAGAAAAAAAAAACAAAAAACAACGGUUGUACACAAACAGUUAUCGCCAUUAUAACAGAAGUUGCAUGGGAUCUGGGGAUGUGUUGCUCACCUGUUUGCUUAUAGGACAACAAAAUUCCAUUCAAGAGCAGCUACCUUCAUAUUAUGCUAUCAUAGUAUUGUACAAAACACAUAAGGCAGUCAUUCUUUUUUUUUUUUUUUUUUUUUUAUUGAUAAGUUGGGGAUACCACUAUUGAUUGGCAACUGUCUUGACCAUGGGAUUUUUGUUCCUUUUUCUUCACUUUUACUCUUCUCUUUUCUUUUUAUAUCUGUAAAUGCACUGUUGACCUUACUGAUGCCUUAUGUAAGUGGCCUUGUCCUGUUAAAUAGAUCACUCUCUCUCUCUCUCUCACACACACACACACACACACCAAACGGGGGUUGCGAAUGCAGUAGUGCGUUACUGAAUAGCUUUAAAAAGGCUCUGAUCCAUACAGUCACACCUUUGCCCUUUUGUCUCGAGACAGAUUCCUCUAAACUCCUGAAUGAUAAUAAUAAAAAAAACUAUAUAUCAGCUUCAUAAUGACUGCCAUUUUUACAUUUCUGUGCACUCUUUGUUGACUGUAUCAUAACUAUAUCAUAACUAAAUCCUGUUCUCCAAAAUGACCUAAACCUGAAACAGAAUUGUGAAGCACUUGGAAAAGCAGUUCAGUUUUGUAAAGGUUUACUACUAUGUAGUAUAAGACUGUGUGGAUGCACAUCAGGUGGACUGUAACUUAAGGUACAGAGUCUUGGAAACAUGUUCUCAUGAAAUGUGGCGUGCUCAGCCAGCAAGGCUGUGACAAAUUAAGAAAACAUUUACAUGGGGGCCAUUUAUAUCAGUUGGUGUCAAAGGAUUACAGUCUUAAAAGAAAAGGUGUCCUUUAAAGCGAUGACAACAUUCUCAACCAUGAGUCUGUUUUGAUGUUGUGUGUUCCAGUGAGUCUCACCCUCAGGCUGAGUCUCUGUCUUUACUCAGUCCUGGUUUAAACAACCCAUGAUCUGACUAAACGGUACCAAAACCAGUCUGACCAGUUCAGCUGAGCUGUGCUGCAGGUCUAGAGGUUUCUGUCUUUUCAAGCAGAUGAACUGAGAAGAGACUAGGACCAGAUGUAUGUCUGUACCAACUUCACUAUAUGCAUGUUUUAACGUCAGUUACAUGACUUCAACGCACUCCUCUGUGGGUUGAUAUAAUUCUUUGAUCUCUCAGAUUUAUUGAAAUCCCUUCAGUUCACAAUUGGAUAAUCUCCAUCACCAUUUUCCCAAUUUCUAGAAAACAUUUUGGAGCCACAAUGUCAAUGUUUCGUCAAAAUGUAAGAAACAUGGAAGUGCUGACAAAGAUUAUGUACAUUGUAAACUAAGAGAAUUUUGUAUGGAAGCUUCUAUUUUGAAAGGGUAUGGGACCAAAAACGAGUUCAGUGUGUUGUUUCUAGACGCGAACCAAUAAAGAAAAAAGGCUGAAGAAUUACUGUAAGAUAGACACACUCCAUUCUCCUUCAUUUGCUUCUGUAACAUCUUUGUUUUUGAUUUGACUGGAGAAAGAUUGAGCAAAUGUACAUUUUAAAAACGCAUCAAUAGCGCCUACACCUGUGGCCUAUCAUCUUUAAAGAAAAAAACAAAAAAAACAAACAAAAAAAAAACUACUUUUCAGACGUGAAUUGUUCUGGACACUUGAAUUGUUCUAAUUUUGCAUUCUGGUGCCUGCUAAGUAUUACAGAUUUUUUUUGUUUGUUUUUGUUUUGUUUUUUUUAAUUUGCCAUGUGAUUUCUUUCUGAAUUUUUCAAAGACCUGCAAAGACGCCCUAUCUUUAGCUAGAGAAUCUUUAUUGGAUAAACAUGGAGAUAAAAUAUGAGGCUCUAUUUUUGUUUGUUUUAUGUUAUAACAAGAUUUUUUCAUUUGAAAUUGUUUUGUAAAAUAGUUUCUGUAUGAAUGUAUUUUUUAUUGGAAAAUCGAUAAAAAGAAUUUAUUGGA